AUGACAAGUUUUAGGCUAAAAAAUGCAUGUGUUAUCCUCCUUGUUUUGAUAUUAUGUCAAGAAAUAUUAGUGUAUAGUGUAGAAGCAAGGCAUUUGAGGGGUGAGGCAAGCAAGAACCAUCGCUCACGGCGGCAACGAGAUCAGAACUCUUUCAAGAUGCCAAAGAUCAAUGGGAAUGUUCAUAGCAGUGGUUCAGGCCAAGAGCAAAGCAGCAAGGUGGAAUAUGUUGAUGAUUUUCGUCCCACAGCACCGGGUCACAGUCCGGGAGCGGGUCACUCCAUCAAUAACUGA